AUGGUGGCCGCGCUCUGCUCGCACGCCAACGACGGAGCGCCAGUCGUGCGGCGUCAAAUCACCGAGUCCCUGGUCGAUAUCGGGCGCAAGCAGCCCAACCUCGUCCUCAGCGCGUGCCUCGACUUCCUCAAGCGCAACGCCAAGUGCGAAGAGAAGCACCGCAUCAUCCUGCUGCAGAUCAUGGAGCGCGUCCUCUCGCUCCGACGCGAGCUCAUCAACGACAACCUCGCGGCGCCCAUGAUCGAGCUCUGCAUGUCCGACAUGACCCGCGAGAAGGAGGUGAUGGCGGAGUGGCAAGGAGCGGCGUCGGCGGUGCUGGUGUCGGCGGGCAUGCGGUGGCCGGACCUGGUGAUGGACCAGCUGCUGGCCCGCUUCGCGCCCGGCUCCCUGCCCCACUACUUCGUCAUGAAGACCCUCGGCGAUUUCACCGCCUCCAAUCCCAUCGCGGCGGUGCCCAAGCUGAAGGUGGUGCUGGCCCGCGUGCUGCCGGUGCUCGCGUCGAUCAAGCAGGACAACAUGAAGUGGGUGUUCGCCACCUCCAUGUGGAAGUUCUGCGACGCCGUCGUCACCUACGUCGCCGACAUCGGCCAGGCCCAGGACAAGUCGAUCACCGUGCAGGGAUUCUCGGGCGAGAUCUUCCCGGCCUACGAAAUCAUUUUCACAAACUGGCUGCCCUCCAAGGAGUCCAAGGUCCGCGCGGCGACGAUCCAAGCCGUGGGCUCCAUGUGCUCGAUCCUCACGCCGCAGCAGUUCGAGACGCAGCUGCCCCGCAUCCUCACGGCCAUGCUGGCCCUCUACAAGCGGGACGCCAAUCACCUCCCCAUCACCAUGGGCCUCUGCCAGCUCCUCGACGUCUCCAUCCGCGACGACUCCCAGGUGCUGUAUCCGCACAUCAACAACCUGUUGACGGCGCUGCACGCUCUGGCGUGCGUGCCGCCCGAGGCCGAGCCCACGUCGAUCAAGAACCACAACGAGCUGAUGCGCUGCUUCGACAUCAUGGGCCGCCGGUUCCCCGAUGACGUCAUCACCUUCCUUCUCGGUCGCCUCGACAUCCGCAUCUCCAAGACCGUCAAGCAGCGAACCGCCACGCUGCUCAUUCUCAAGCAUUUGGUUACGCGUUUGGGUUCGCAACUGGAGGACAGGCGGGGCCUGGUGGUGUCCGGCAUUCAGCCCAUCGCUCGCACGGAGACGUCGCUUGAAGGCGGCCACGUGGCAAUCGAGUUCAUUGUGGCGCAGUGCGCGCUGACGGACACGGAGACCAAGGUGGACCGCGCGCAGGCGGCCAAGAAGGCCAAGGCCACGCCCGGCGAGGAGGAGGAGGACUCGCCCGAGGAGCUGCGCAACAUGUGCGACAACGUGCUCAACCUGCUCACCACCACCAUCCCGUGCAUGGUCGACGUGCUGUGGCCGUUCCUGCUCGAGAUGCUCCUGCCCCAGCAGAACACGCCCGCCAUGGCCAUCCUCGCCAAGUGCGUCGCGCACCUCGCCGCCCUCAAGCGCUCCACACAGGCUCCCGACUACAUCAUCGACUUUGACCGAUUGGUGAAUCUGCCGAAGCCGCCGGAGAUCAUUGCGCGGUUGAUGGUGAUGCUGUCGGUGCCGCUGCGCCGCGGUCGGCUGGGCCUUCACAUCCUGCAGGCCCUGCUCGCGCUCGGCCCCGCCCUCCACCCCAACAUCGCCCCCAUGUGGGACCACGCCGUGCCCAAGCUCGCCCAGUACCUCCAGACCAACUCCGAGUCGCCCGAAGGCUGGAACUCCAACUCCUGGGACGAGCUCGUCCUCCGCCUCCUCGCCGAAACCAUCAAGGUCAAUUUUGUGUCGACCGUGGUGGACUCGGAGGAGUGGACGCUGCAGUUGGGCGACAACUACGCGAAGCACCUGGCGGUCUACGCGACCGACAGUGAGCUCAAGCGGUCGUGCUUCAAGCAGCUCGGCCUGGUCCUGCAGAAGCUCACCAAGAAGGACUACAUCCACACCAAGCUCCAGGACAUGUUCGCCAUCUGCCAGCACGGCAACGAGAACGAGCGACAGGGCUGCGCGCAGGCCUUUGGCUACUGCGCGGCGUCGCACCUGGACAUCGUGCUCCAGAAGGUCAACGGAUUCCUCAGCGGACCCGAGAAGAAGGAGUCCUCCGGCGGCUUCCUCAGCGGUCUGCUGGGCGGCUCCAAGCCUCAGGAGUCGGCGGCCAAGGGUACGGUGGACACGUGUUUCCUGGCAUUCGGAUACAUCGCGGCCUACGCCACGCCGUCUCUCAUCACCACCCGCAUCGACGUGCACAUCCUCAACAACAUCAAGCUCCACCUCCCCGCCGUCAAGACGCCCGAACGCAAGACCGUGGCGAUCAAGGCGUUGGACCUGAUCGGUAAGGCCAUGCACCCGACCCACCUGGGCGCGCCCUACGUGCUGCGCCAGAGGGACGAGCUGCUGGGCAUCCUCCUCGAAUACGUGGCCCCCACGGUCGACGCCAAGAAGUCCUCGUCGCCCCGCAAGGACGAACUCGGCGUGCCCCACGCCGUCCGCAUUGCCGGCCUCAACGCCAUCGCCACCUACACUUUCCUGGAGCCCAGCAUUCCUGACAAGCUGCAGAGCGACCUGGCGACGCGUACCUGCGCCUUCCUCGAUCUCAGCAGCGUUCCUCCCGGCAAGGAGGAGAAGAGCAAGGGCAAGGAGAAGGAGGCGGCGGACGAGAGGGCCAGGAAGCGGGUCGAGGAGCACGAGAAGGGCCUGCAGACCGUCCUCCAGACCCUCUACGAGUCCCUCGCCGCCACCCUCUUCAUGGACACCUCCAUCGCCGCCCUCACUCGCAUCUUCAACGUGCUGCGCACGUAUUCGUGCAAGCCGGACGGCGCGGUGCGGGAGCGCGCGGUGAACGCGGUGCUGUACCUGCUGAAGAAGUACGUCGAGUACAAGACCGCGCAGACGGGGCCCAAGAAGGAGAAGCUCUUCGAGGGCCUCGGCGCCUGCCUGGCCUUCAUCAUCCCGCGCUGCACCGACCCCGUCGUCGCCGAGGACGAGGAGGGCUACAACAUGGUGCCGCCCUCGGUGCUGCGACCGCUCAACGCCCUGCGCGAGCAGAUCGCGUCGACGGAGAUGAACGACCAGUACAAGGUCAUGCAGGAGCUGGCCGGCAUUCUCGCCCACAUGGUGGCCCCCGAGGAGCUCCCGCUGCUGCUCAAGAGCAUCCUGGCCGGGCUCACCGACUCCCAGCUGCCCUCCGCCCUCGGCACCUGCGUCGUACUCAACGGCCUCAUCAAGAACCGCGGCGAGGAGCUCAAGGACCGCGUGCCCGAAGUGCUGGGCCUGCUGAUCGAGGAGAUGAAGAAGAUCAGCGUGGACCAGACCCUCAACGCCACGCUGCAUGCCGUGCGCAACCUGGCGCUGCACCACCGCCUGCAGGUCAUGAACGAGCUGCUCGCCGUGCCGGUGCCCCACCCGUCGCAGGUGGUCAAGUCGUUCCAGGUCAUCGCCAAGGACAGCACGCUGGUCAUGGACCUCGUCAACCACCUCCUGCAGCUGCUCAACUACGGCCUGCUCUACGACGAGAAGGGCCAGGGCAAGGACAAGAAGUACACCGCGCGCCCGCUCGUGCUGUCGGCCACGGCCGCGCUGGGCGAGGUGAUGCAGACCGACGAGAUGGCGGGCGUGGUCGAGGAGCACUACGCGCUCAUCUUCGGCUCGCUCCUGCUGCGCGUGGGCACCUCGCAGGGCCAGCCCGACGCGCUCAAGGUCAUCAUCGAGGCCUUCAAGAGCUUCCUCGAGUGCGCCAAGGAGGAGGCCCUGCAGGAGGCCGUCAAGGCCAAGGGCGCCUGGUCACGCCUCGACGGUGCCAAGUACACCGACGUCAUCACCGAGAUCGCCGCCGUCGUCGGCCGCGAGCACCCCGAGCACGUCGCCCCGCUCUACCGCUUCCUCCUCCCCUUCAUGAAGGGCAACUACCCCGGCCACCGCAUCGUCGCCGCCUGCACCCUCGCCGAGUUGGUGAACCACACGGCGGGUAACGGGGAGCUGCUGCACCAGCUGGUGAACGCGCUGCUGCUGUCGCUGGCCGACGCCAACAUCAAGAUCUACUCGCUGCGCGGCCUGGGCAACAUCGUGUCGGCGGGCAAGCACAUGGUGGACAAGUACGCCACCACGAUCCUGGACGCGCUCGUGUCCUACAUCGACAACGCCGACGAGGUGCUGGCCAUGGAGUCCAUGAACGGCCUCUCCAAGGUGUUCGAGCUCGUCGACGAGUCGCGCGUCGCGCCCACGCUCAUCAACCUGUGCCACCGCAUCAAGCCGGCCUUCGAGAAGUCGGGCGACGAGAUGCGCGCCGCGUCGUUCACUCUGUUCGGCACCCUGGCGCGGUUCGGGCAGGACGAGCUGGCCGUCGAUCCGUUCUUCGAGCAGAUCCACAUGAACCUGCCCGCCGUGACGCUCCACAUCAACGACACCAACGCCGACGUGCAGGAGGCCUGCAAGAAGGCCCUGCGCCGCUUCGGCCCGCUCAUGCGCGCCGAGCCGCUCAACGCGUUCCUCGACGAACAGCUCGCGCCGGGCGCCUACUUCACCUUCGACGACUUUUUGACCGACUUUGCCAAGCUGCUGAUCGAGUACUACCCCGAGCGCAUGAACUACUACGUCAUGACCAGCAUCGAGCACUUCCAGUCCAACUGGACCCCGAUCCGCGGCAGCGCCGCCUCGUUCGUCGGCUCGCUCCUGGGCCAGCUGCCGCCCCACAAGCGCACCACCCUCAACGUGGGCCUCAUCACCCAGGCCCUCGUCGGGCUACUCAAGCAGAAGGAGGCCGACGUGCGCCGCCGCGCCGCGUCAGCGAUCGGCCUGCUCUUCGACUACUAG